GUUCAUCGGUAAUUGUCACCGUACCUAUUCUAUGUUUUCAUUUUGAUUGCUUUUAAAUAGAAAAGAUUUUAUAAAAUUUUUUUUGCGAAAAAAUGGCUGGAGCAGGUCGUGAGGCUGUAAAAGCUGCUGUACGUCAAGUGCGGCCCAUAUUAUCAGUAGACCGUGAAGAAGCCAAAAAAAGAGUUCUGAAUUUAUAUAAGGCUUGGUACCGCCAGAUUCCUUAUAUUGUAAUGGACUAUGAUAUUCCAGUAUCUGUUGAAGAUUGUCGAGCUAAACUUCGAGAAGAGUUUUCAAAGCAGAAACAUGUAACAGAUAUUCGUGUUAUUGAUAUGUUGGUUAUCAAGGGUCAAAUGGAGCUUAAGGAAACUGUAAAAAUUUGGAAACAAAAAGGUCAUGUUAUGAGAUAUUGGAAAGAAACUGUUGAACCUAAACCAACAGAUUUCCUUUCGAAAUUUAUAAAUAAUCAAGUUUAAGUAAAUAAAAGCAAAAGAAAACAGAGAAGUUUAGCAAAUUAAAAUGAUUUUUGUUCGUUACAAAAUUUUUUGUUUUAAUUUGCGAUAAUAUUCAAAAUAUUUAAUGCGCGCGAACUACUAUUGGUAGGUAAAUUAAUAGUUUUAAAAAUGUAGUACCAGAGUAUAUAAUUAUAUAUAUACCAUUGAAAUGUUUGGAUUUUUCAAGACAAAAAUUUAGCGAAAACUUAUUAUGUGCCGAAAAUUGAAAUUCAAAAUUUCAUAUUCGAAUAAAACGGAAUUUCGUACAAGAGACUUAUUUGUUUUUGCAAUUUUUAAUUCCAUUUUCAAAAGAUACAAAAAUAGCGUGAUUUCUUUAUAAUUUAAAUAUUAACAUAAUUUUUGAUAACAGAAACAGUUAUAAGUAAGUAUAUAACGUGUUUCGGCUUUUUAAGUUUUUAGAAACACAACAGAACCGUUUGGGCUUACUGCGCACAAAUUUGGUCAAAAUAAUUGAUUUCGAAUUUGAAUCAACAGUAUUUUUUUAUAUUGAUUAAUUUGAAAAUGUAACAUUUAUUAUUUCCAAAAAUUAGAAGCGUAUGCCUAAAUAAAUAGUUUGUUCGUAUAUUCUUUGAAAA